AUGGCCGAUGACAAUGACGAGUUUGACAGUGACGAAGCAUCCCGCGAAGCCAGGGAACGCUACGCACUUUCACUAGAGCAACGUCGCAAAGAAACCAAAGAUUUUCUGGCUUCCUUGAGUAGUGAUGAUGAUGAUGCCGAGGACGAAGAGUUGUUCGCUGAUCCUCUUGCAUUGGCAAGGGCAAGAGUCCAUAACCAGCUUCCUCCUGAUCAGCUUCUGCAAUGCUCCCAGUUAUCGCAGCCCCCGCCGGAUUACAAUGGGGAUCCUUCCCAGCGUAGUUUGUCGCAAUUCUCGCAACCCUCGCAGUUGUCACAACCCGGUCUUGCUACCUUCUCCCCUCCAGUUGUACCAGCACAAGUCCCAGCGCCGCAGGAUCGAAGCUUAACACAAGUUCUCCAGACCGCUCCUCUCACCUUCGUGCCAGUUCUGGAUCAAGCUGUCAACCUGCGCAACUGGCAGAACCACAUUUUGCAAAUGUCAAAGGGAGCAAUGCCAUUGCCUCCAGGUCAAUUGGACAUGCUGCAAGCCUACGAAAAUCAGCGAGUUGUGACAGCGAAUACAGCAGCAGCUGCCAACAAUACACUGGAUCAUUCGAAACAGGCUUCGAAACCGGCAGCAAAAAGAACUGUCCGGCCUACAGCAAACGAUGCAGAAGCAGCAGCAGCAGCACCAGCACCAGCAGCCAAAAAAGCUAGAUCGCGCAAACCAAAGGUCACCGAAGAAGACAAGAAGAAACAGGCUGAAGAGAAGGAGAAAGAGUUCCUGCAGGUCAAUGCUCUUAUUAAUCAAUGGAACAGUGACUAUCGAAAGAACAUCGAAUGUGUAGAGGAAGAAGACACAAGAAGCAAGACAGGAGCAAUCCAUCAAGUGGCCAAGUACUUCGUAGUUCGCAGAGGAACCACUGAAGAGAAGAAGUAUGACAUGGCCAGUUGGUCCAAUCUACAGCUACGAAACUUCUCUCUGAAAUGUCAAAUCAAAGGUGGCGGCAACCUCAACAUGUUCAAUUGCCGAAAGGAGAUAGCAAUGUGGAAAACUAUGGGAACUAUGUACAAGGCAACGGACAUUCCUUGUCCACAAACCACACUUCAACAGCGACGCCUUAACACUCUCAUGCGUCUUAUCAACGUCUGUUUCCACAAGAGAUUCGUACACAACUUUAUUGAUCUAAAUGAUGCAAAGAAGAGGAAGCACUACGAAGAAGCUCACGGUGGCUCUCCCAUCAAACACUUCUUUCAGGAAGUGUCCACUUUCAUGAACGAUCCAAGCAACAAUGCAGAGCUCAUGGUGUUGAUUCCUGACGACUUCGGCCACAUUGAACAAUUCAAAGAGAAUGGAGAUUUCAACGUUUCAGAUUACAAUCAGCAGACUGUGAAGAGUUGCCACCAGCACAUGCGAGACCUCAUGAAAGCAAGGGAGACAUGCAUGCAGAAAGGAAUGAAAGCAUCCGGCAAUCAUGCAUCUGACUUCUGGGACUACGCGACAAACAAAACCUUCACACGUGUUCGCAAGAAUGAGGCGCCAUUGCCAGCCAAAGCAGUACUGUACGUGAACGUUCGAUGUACAGAGUAUCCUGCCAUUGAUGGAAAGUUCGCUUCCAUGCUACAAGAUUCCUUGAAGUCGGAUUCAGAUAAGGACAUGGAGGGAACAGCCGAUUCAGGUGAAAAGAAAACCACCGCCGCGAAAAGGGAGAAGGCCAUCAUGGAGCGAUUCGAUACAGUACGUGACGAAAUGAAGGAGGAACAGCAAAAGACAUACCAGCAACGCCAGCAAUACAUUGCGAUCCGACAACAAGAAAUGGAGGAAGAACGUCGCAGCAAGGCUUGGGAUGAAUACAGGCAGCUUGGCCGUGAGUACAAUCUAAUGACAGAUGCCAACAACCCACUGAAUGACCGUUACAGGGAGAACAUUGCCGAUCGGCUUCGGCAACUCGAAAAGAUUCUUGGGAUAAAGAAAAAGAAGACCAUGGUGAUCGAACUCAGCAGCGAUUCAUCAUCAGAUGAGGAUGUAGCCAACAAGCAGAGCAACAAGAGCGACAACGGCAAGGAAUAA